GGGAUCCAAAAAAGCACAUCAAUCACCUCAUGAAGUCUCCAGACCCCCUUGCCCCACCCCCAGGCGCAUGUGUGCUCCUGGCACCAUGGGAUGCUUCUCCGCUGCCUCGUCCCUGAGGCGUGCAUUUGCCUCGAUCCUUCUUGCGAGGAGCUUGGGCGGAAGUUGUCGGAGGCGCUCUGGAAGCAGCUCCGACUUAGCCCCCUUCGACGCCGCUAUGGGGAAAUCGAGGUCUCCACGUCUUUGUUGCUGCAAGGCGUGUGGUCGGUGCCACAGUGCCAGGCCUUCAUCCUCCUGUUGACUCCGGAGUGGCUUUUGACCCCGCUGGGGGUGGCUGCCCUUCGAGCGACCUUUCGCUUACGCUCCAUGCAGCUAGGUCCCGAGCUUUUGCCCGUGGUGCAUGUGAACGCCUUUCCCGACGGACCCUCCAGCGCCCUCAAUGCGCCGUCCGGUCAGUUGCUUCGGGAGGCCGCCACCCCUGGAAGCUGGGGCUGUCUUGAUAGCCAUUUGGCGGCGGCAGUGGAUCAGGCAGCCGCCUGGGUGGCCGGGCGUUUGGAAGCGAUUUUUGCUCCUUGUUCUUUCUGGCGUUGCACAACAACCGCGUGGAGCGGAUGGGUCUCCUCCUAGCGUAGCGUGGAAAAAGGUGUUGUUUUUCUUUUGGCCAGGGCGGCUCUGAAGGGCAUCUUAACCCUAGGCCGGAAGGGCCCGGUCCGGCUUCCGUUCGACUCUUCAAAGAGUUCGGUUGACCUGGUUUGACCAUGGUUGUUGGAAGCGCCCUCCUGGCACUCAACCCAGUCCAACCGGAACGACAGUGCUUGAGUGGAUCCUAAGGUAUUUUGUUGUAGGGGG